AUGGAUGACUACAAGUGGGAAUUAGGGACAUGCUUUGCUAUAGAAUGUGAUUUCAAAGAUUGUAUUUGGACAUAUGCCAUACACUCUGAUACAUGGCAGCUUAGAAAUAUUAUUGAUAACCAUAACCGUAGUAGAGAUCACAAGGUCAAUUUCCUCACAUCCAAGUGGCUUAGUAGUAAGAUACAAAACAAUGUGAGGGAGAAUCCUAGUUUAAAACUGCCUAAUAUCAUGGAGAAGACCCAACAAAAAUGGAAUGUGGAGAUUAACAAAACACUUGUAUACAGAGCAAAGACAAUGGCUAUUGAUAUUGUUGAUGGGUCUUUUAUGGAGCAGUAUAAAAGAAUUCAUGAUUAUGCACAUGAAUUUUUGAGGUCAAAUCAUGGUUUGGAUGGCUGCUUUUUGAAAGGUUAUUAUGGUGGACAAAUACUUGCAACAAUUUCAAGGGACCCAAAUGACCAAAUGUUUCCAAUUACAUUUUCUGUUAUGGAAGGUGAAACCAAGGAUUCAUGGAGUUGGUUCCAAGAAUUGUUGAUAUCUGACCUAGGAGGUACAAGAUUAUGCAAGACAUACACAUUCGUUAGUGAUCAACAAAAGCUCUUGAUGAAUUGCUCCUUCAAGUUGACCAAAGAUUUUGUGUUAGAUAUAUUGCAUAUAUACAACAACUUUAGGAACAAAUAUCUACGCAUUAAGCUCAAAGAACUUAUGUGGAAAGCAACUACAACCAAUUAUGUCAAUGCAUUUGAAAAGGUCAUGCUUGAAAUGAAAGAUUUGUUCACCACAAGUAAAGAAGUGGUAAUAGAUGCAACAGAUAAGGGAAACAUCACACGACUUAUAAACCAUUCUUGCAUGCCAAACUGCUUUGCAAGGAUUGUGAGUUUGAGUGAUGAGGAAAGCGUGAUCGUUCUUAUUACAAGUUAUCCAUCAUUAUUCCAGCCUAUAGGAAUUAAUACAGAUAUAUGA